GCCAGCGGCGCCCCGGCCCCGCCAGCGCAGCGCGGACCGGCCGAGCGCACCCAGCCCGGCGCGACCCCCGGCGCUCUCCCUCCCUCCUCGCCAUGUCCCUCAAGCAAGCGGCGGCGGCGGCGCAGCCCGCCGGCAACAACCGCAAGCCCCCGGCGGCGGCGGCCCCGGCCUCCCGUCAGCCGCGGGGAGGCAGAACAUGGGCAGAGGCCGCAGCAGUGGCAAAGGACCACCUCAGCCUACGAUUUCUUUUGAUGGCAUCUAUGCAAACAUGAGAAUGGUUCACAUACUCACAUCAGUUGUUGGAUCCAAAUGUGAAGUACAGGUGAAAAAUGGUGGUAUAUAUGAAGGAGUUUUUAAAACCUACAGUCCUAAGUGUGAUUUAGUGGUUGAUGCUGCUCAUCGGAAAACUGCAGAAUCCAGUUUGGGGCCAAAACGGGAGGACAUCCUGGAGAGUAUCUUGUUCAAGUCUUCAGACUUUGUUAUGGUGCAUUUUAAGGAUAUGGAUACCAAUUAUGCCAGAAGAGAUGCUUUUACUGAUUCAGCCAUCAGUGCUAAAGUUAAUGGAGAGCACAAGGAGAAGGAUCUGGAACCUUGGGAUGGAGGAGAGAACACGGCUUCCGAGGAGCUGGAGGCGCUGGAGACCGAUGUCUCUAAUGGAUGGGAUCCCAAUGACAUGUUUCGUUACAAUGAAGAAAAUUAUGGUGUAGUGUCAACUUAUGACAGCAGUUUAUCUUCUUAUACGGUGCCAUUAGAAAGAGAUAAUUCAGAAGAGUUUUUAAAGCGGGAAGCCAGAGCAACUCAAUUAGCAGAGGAAAUUGAAUCAAGUGCCCAAUACAAAGCUCGGGUUGCCUUGGAAAAUGAUGAAAGGACAGAAGAAGAAAAAUAUACUGCUGUUCAGAGAAAUGCUAAUGAAAGAGAAGGACAUGGUGUGAACACUAGAGAAAAUAAAUACAUUCCACCUGGACAGAGGAACAGAGAUGUCCUGUCCUGGGGAAGUGGAAGACAAAACUCACCGAGGAUGGGCCAGUCUGGAUCAGGCCCACCCAUCUCAAGGUCUGGAUCCCACACUUCAGAAUUCAGCCCUAACUCUGGAGCAGAUCAGAGAGUAGUUAACGGAGGUGUUGCCUGGCCAUCGCCUUGCCCAUCUCCUUCCUCUCGCCCACCUUCUCGCUACCAGUCAGGUCCCAACUCUCUUCCACCUCGGGCAGCCACCCCUACACGGCCGCCCUCCAGGCCCCCCUCGCGGCCCUCCAGGCCCCCGUCUCACCCCUCUGCUCAUGGUUCUCCAGCUCCUGUCUCUACUAUGCCUAAACGCAUGUCUUCAGAAGGGCCUCCACGGAUGUCUCCAAAGGCUCAACGGCACCCUCGAGGUCACAGAGUCUCUACUGGUAGGGGUACAAUUUCAAGUGGCUUAGAAUUUGUAUCUCAUAAUGCACCUGGGGAAGCAUCUACUGCUGCAGUGGCACGAGGCAGCCCUUCAGGUGGGACGUGGUCAUCAGUUGUCAGUGGGGUUCCGAGAUUAUCCCCUAAAACACACAGGCCUAGGUCUCCAAGGCAGAGCAGCACUCCCAUGGGACCAGCUCUGCCUUCUCCUCAGCCUGGUACUAUUCCCACUGAAUCUGUUGCCAUGCCUGUUCCAGCUGCCUCUCCUACACCUGCCAGCCCUGCAUCCAACAGAGCAGUCACCCCCUCCAAUGAAGCUAAAGAUACAAGGCUUCAGGACCAGAGGCAAAAUUCUGCAACUGGAAACAAGGAGAAUAUAAAGCCAAGUGAGACUUCUCCUAGUUUUUCUAAACCUGAAAACAAAGGUGUCUCUCCAAUUGUUUCAGAGCAUAGAAAACAGAUUGAUGAUUUAAAGAAAUUUAAGAAUGACUUUAGGUUACAGUCCAGUUCCUCUUCAGAUGCAGUGGAUCAGCUGCUAAACAAAACCAGAGAAGGUGAAAAAUCAAGAGAUGUAGUUAAAGAAAAGACAGAAUCCACCCCUAAAGAAUCUAUCAUAGAAGCUGGCAGUAACACCAACUCCAGUGGUGGCAGUAGCAAACCCAACAGUCCCAGUAUUUCUCCUUCCAUGAGUAACAGCUCUGAGCAAAAGCGAGGGCCUGAGGUGACCUCCCAAGGUGUGCAGACAUCUGGGCCUGGAAGUAAACAAGACAAAGAGGAUAAAGAGGAGAAGAAGGAUACUUCUGAGCAAGUUAGAAAAUCAACUCUUAAUCCCAAUGCUAAAGAGUUCAACCCUCGAUCUUUUGCUCAACCGAAACCUUCUACUACACCAACCUCCCCUCGUCCUCAAGCUCAGCCCAGCCCCUCCAUGGUGGGGCAUCAGCAGCCAACCCCUGUGUACACUCAGCCUGUUUGUUUUGCACCAAAUAUGAUGUACCCGGUUCCAGUGAGUCCAGGCGUGCAGCCUUUGUAUCCUAUUCCCAUGACGCCCAUGCCAGUGAACCAAGCCAAGACAUAUAGAGCAGGUAAAGUACCAAAUAUGCCCCAGCAGCGGCAAGACCAACACCACCAGAGCACCAUGAUGCAUCCUGCCUCAGCAGCAGGCCCUCCAAUUGUAGCUACUCCACCUGCUUACUCUACACAAUAUGUUGCAUAUAGCCCCCAACAGUUUCCUAAUCAGCCUCUUGUGCAGCAUGUGCCACACUACCAAUCUCAGCAUCCUCAUGUUUAUAGCCCUGUAAUACAGGGCAACGCUAGGAUGAUGGCCCCACCAGCACACGCACAGCCGGGUUUAGUAUCUUCCUCUGCAACACAGUACGGUGCGCAUGAACAGACACAUGCUAUGUAUGCAUGUCCCAAAAUACCAUACAGCAAGGAGACAGGCCCUUCUUUCUACUUUGCCAUUUCCACUGGCUCACUUGCUCAGCAGUAUGCCCACCCUAAUGCUACCCUGCACCCGCAUCCUCCUCAUCCUCAGCCUUCUGCCACCCCAACUGGCCAGCAGCAAAGCCAACAUGCUGGAAGCCACCCUGCUCCAAGCCCCGUGCAGCACCACCAGCACCAGGCUGCCCAGGCCCUGCACCUGGCCAACCCCCAGCAGCAGUCGGCGAUUUACCACGCAGGUCUAGCUCCAACCCCUCCUUCCAUGACGCCAGGCUCCAACACGCAGUCUCCACAAAACAAUUUUCCUACAGCACAACAAACAGUCUUCACCAUUCAUCCCUCCCAUGUUCAACCUGCAUAUACCAAUCCGCCACACAUGGCCCAUGUCCCCCAGGCUCAUGUACAGUCAGGAAUGGUUCCUUCUCACCCAACUGCCCAUGCUCCAAUGAUGCUAAUGACGACACAGCCUCCCGGUGGUCCCCAAGCCGCCCUCGCUCAAAGUGCACUACAGCCCAUUCCAGUCUCGACAACAACACAUUUCCCCUAUAUGACCCACCCUUCAGUACAAGCCCACCACCAACAGCAGUUGUAAGGCUCAUCUGGAAUAACUGAAAGGCUGGAUACCUUUUGUAGGCCAAAUACCCUCCUUCUACUGCUUCUGCCAACUGGAAGCACAGAAAACUAGAAUUUCAUUUUAUUUUGUUUAAAAAAAAAAAAAUUUUUGAUUUCUUGUAACAUCCACUAGGAAUGCUAACAGUUCAUCUUGCAGUGGGAGAGAUUCGGACUGAGUAGAGGCAUUUAGGAACUUGUGGGCUAUUCCAUAAUUCCAUGCACUGUAUCUGAGUCCUGCAAGUGCCCCAACUCUGCUUGCUGAAAACUGGAAGUUAUUUAUUUUUUAAUGACCCUUCAAAGUUAUGAACUCGUCAGCUAGCAAAAGAAGUAACAAGAGUGAUUCUUGCUGCUAUUAUCACUAAAAAUCAAGACUUGGAGAUCCCUUUUACUUCUAACUAAACUUGAAACAGGUUCAGUAAAAAAAAAAAAAAUUCUAAUCGUCAAACGGAUGAGUUAUUAUUUAUAAAUCACGUUUGAUGAGAUAAUCACUAUCGUGAGACAGUGAUGUAACUUUUAAGUUAAGAAAACUUUUACUUUGUAGAUAAUAUAAAAUAAAAACUUAAAAAAAAAUUAAAAAAUAAAAAAAGUUUUAAAAACUGA